AUGGCGAGGGGCGGCGACGCGCAGCUCAGUGCCGCCAAGAGGGCGUACCGGAGUGCGGAGGCCGAAGGGAAUCGGCAAGAGGAGGCCCGGUGGGCGAAUGUGAUAGGCGACAUUCUGAAGAACAGAGGAGAGUAUGUAGAAGCUUUGAAGUGGCUUCGAAUCGAUUACGAGGUUUCGGUGAAGUAUCUGCCGGAGAAACAGCUUCUUCCGACUUGUCAGUGCCUUGGGGAAGUGUAUUUACGGCUUGAGUACUUCAAGGAUGCCCUAAUUUAUCAGAAAAAGCAUUUAGAGCUUGCCAAGGAUGCGAACGAUCUCAUUGAGCAACAAAGAGCCAGUACCCAACUUGGUCGAACUUACCAUGAAAUGUUCCUAAGAUCCAACGAUGACCAUUAUUCCGUUCGGAAUGCCAAAAAGUAUUUCAAAUCUGCCAUGAAACUUGCUCAAACACUGAAGCAGAAUCCACCAUCUAACAAUUCUUACUUCGUAAAGGAAUGCAUUGAUGCCCAUAAUAACAUUGGAAUGCUUGAAAUCGAUCUUGAUAAUUUGGAAGAAGCCCAGAAAAUUCUUAGCAAAGGAUUAAAGAUAUGUGAUGAAGAAGAGGUGAUUGAGGAUGAUGAUGGGCGUAGUAGGCUCCAUCACAACCUUGGAAACGUUUACAUGGAGCUCAGAAAGUGGGAUAAAGCUCGAGAGCACAUCGAGAAGGACAUAAUAAUUUGCAAGAGAAUUGGGCAUUGCCAAGGAGAGGCAAAGGGCUACAUCAAUCUUGGUGAAUUGCAUUACAGAGUUCAAAAGUAUGACGAGGCUAUUCUUUGCUAUCAAAAGGCAAUUGAUCUUGCUAAAUCCAUGGAAGAUGAGGACGCAUUGGUCAGUCAAAUUGAUCAGAAUAUUGGAACUGUAAAAGAAGCCAUUAAGGUAAUGGAUGAAUUGAAGAAAGAAGAGCAGAAUUUCAAGAAGCUGACAAGAAAUAUGGAAAUGGCUAGACGUACAGCAGCUGAAAGGAAGUGUCUUCUGCAGCAGAAUGCAUCUCUUGAUCGUCUAAUUGAAAAAUCAAGCCUAAUCUUCGCAUGGCUGAAAGUAUGUUUUAUUAUAAACUUCAUAUUUCAUAUUUGA